GAGCCCAGCCACCGAGGACUGUACGGCAGCUGGGGAACGGUUUGACGGGGACACAGGGCCGCUCUGAGGCCGGCGAGAUGCUCCCUUCGUUGCAGGAAUCGCUGGAUGGGGACGAAAAGGAGCUGGAGAGCAGCGAGGAGGGCGGCCCUGCAGAGGAGCGGAGACUCGAGCCGCCGCCCAGCAGCCACUACUGUCUCUACAGCUACCGCGGAAGCAGAUUGGCACAGCAACGAGGGGACAGUGACGAUGGAAGCCCGGGUGGCGCAAACGCAGACACUCCCUCUGGUGAUGAUUUCAGCCUCUCCUUGGUGGACACUAAUCUGCCAUCAGAAGUGGAGCCAGAGCUGCGCAGUUUCAUUGCUAAGCGUCUUUCGAAGGGAGCGGUCUUUGAAGGGCUGGGUAAUGUUGCAUCUGUGGAGCUGAGAACCCCAGGGUACCAAGUCGGUUGCUAUUAUUGCCUUUUCCAACAAGAAAACCUGCUUCCUGAAACAGCAACACUGGACUCUGAACACAGUCCUUCAGAGCCACAGCAGAGAGCUGGACUGGAAGAGGAGCAACCGGGACUAGAACCCGGCGCCCAUAUGGGAUGCCGGCGCCGCAGGCAGAGGAUUAGCCAAGUGAGCAACAGUGCCGGCCCCAUGGGAGAACAUACUUUCAGGCUUGAAUUGGACAAGUACAUUCAAGGACUUAAAAAUGACAUAAACUGUGAGGAAAUGGGCCUGGAGAAGAACAUCAAGUCCUAUCUGAGCAGCUGGUUUGAGGACGUGGUGUGCCCCAUCCAAAGGGUCGUUCUUCUCUUCCAGGAGAAGCUUACCUUUCUGCUGCAUGCCGCUUUGAGUUACACGCCUGUGGAAGUAAAGGACUCAGAUGAGAAAACAAAGAGAGACAUUAACAGGUUUCUGAGUGUGGCCAGUCUUCAGGGACUAAUUCACGAAGGCACCAUGACGUCUCUGUGCAUGGCCAUGACAGAGGAGCAGCACAGGUGUGUGGUCAUCGAUUGCAGCGGCUCCCAGCCACGGUUCCGUAACGCAGGAAGCAAUCGGUUUUGUGAAGAGUGGAUGCAGGCUUUUUUAAACGGCGCUGAAGGGGGUAAUCCUUUUCUCUUCCGACAAGUGCUGGAGAACUUUAAACUAAAGGCCAUUCAAGACACAAACAAUUUGAAGAGGUUUAUUCGGCAGGCAGAAAUGAAUCAUUAUGCUUUGUUUAAAUGUUACAUGUUCCUAAAGAACUGUGGUAGUGGAGACAUCCUUUUGAAGAUUGUCAAAGUGGAACAUGAAGAAAUGCCCGAAGCCAAAAAUGUGGUAGCUGUCCUUGAAGAAUUCAUGAAAGAAGCUCCUGCCCAGAGUUUUUGAUCACGUUUUAGCUGUGUCAUGAAGUCGUUCAGUCAAGCUCCGGUGUUUGAAAUUGCAGUUGUUAUCAUCACUUAUAGGAUUACUAUUGAAGAUCAUCUGAAACAUUCCAGAUUCUUUCUCCUUUUGUACUUUGACAUUUGAACUUAAUUAAAUAGGAAAAUCUGAGGAAUGUCUUCACCGAGGCCCAGCUGUGUUCGAGUUGCAGCAUUGCAGUGUUUCACCAGCCCCUUGAGCUCUAGACUUCAGGAAAGUGUUGCUUAAAAAACUUCAGAGGUGGUUUUGUGGCUUCUCAGGAGUUUGUUACAGUAUCGAGCAACUUCUCUUCCCAGAAAAAAUUAUAUCAUUCUUUCAAUGGAUUGUAGCUUCUUUUAAAAAAAAAAUGGAAUACUAGUUUUAGGACAGGUUAGCACCAGUACACCAUUUUGGAGAUGGACUUGUGCAUCCUGUGGGUGCUUGAUACGUAUUUUCAUCUGAUUGACAAUAGAUGGAUGAUGAUGCCAGCUUUUAUGUCAAUAUGCAAAUAAAUCAUGAGUGUAUGAGAAAUUACGUGAGCUUUAAAAAUAGAUGUACUACCUUCGAGGUACAACGUCGUGUCUGGUGGAUUGGCCCCAUCAGCACUUGUCUUUGUCCAGGGGUAUUUGCUGAGAGCCUGUAGAUUGUUUUUUCUUUUAGAUGAAAAUUCUGGAGUUUUUAAAGAGUGUUAAGAAACAGUAUAUAAAUCUGGGGCCAGUGUUGUGGUGUAGCAGGUUAGGCUGCUGCCUAUGAUGCCAGCAUCCUAUAAGGGCACUGGUUUGAGUCCCGGCUGCUCCACUCCCUAUCCAGCUCCCUGCUAAUGCACCUGGGAAAGGCAGUGGAAGAUGCCCCAAGUGCCUGAGCCCCUGCAGCCAUGAGAGCCCCAGAUGAAGCUCCUGGUUCCUGGCUUUGGCCUGACUGAGCCAGCCCUGGCUGUUGCAGCCACUUGGGAAGUGAACCAGCCGAUCACUUCUCAUCUCUGUCUUUCCAAAUAAUCUUGAAAAAAAAAAAAAAAGUAUAUA